AUGUCAGCACACAGCAGUGAAUCAGCUGUCUGCAGCAGCAGUGACCUUGCAGACAGUGGAGGUUAUCUGCCGUGUUCUGCCCCAGGGCUCGUAUCAGCUAAAUUAACCGUGGUGGUCGGAGACACUCACUUCUGCGAAGAGAAGAUGUUACUCGUUCAGAGUUGCGACUACUUUCGAGCUCUGUAUCGCUCUGGGAUGAAGGAGUGCCGGCAACAAGAAAUCCACCUCAAGACCCUGCGUGCUCGAGGCUUCCUUAUCGCCUUGACAGUUCUACGAGGUGAAAUGCCAGUCCUGGACGCCGAUGACAUUGUUGAGGCUAUUGAAUGUGCUGCAUUCCUGCAGGUGGCGCUGCUUACUAAACACCUCAUCAACCUCAUCGACUCUGACAAUUGCUUGUUGAUGUAUCACACAGCUGCAACCUUCGGCCUCAUGGAUCUUUACCAUGCGGCUGCACUGUUCAUACGAGACAUGUACGUCGACCUGGAGGCGGAGGUCAGGAAAACCUUGCCAUCAGAGCUGAUCUCCUACGUGGACUCUUUGACCCCAAGUGUUUUUGUGGCUGUAGGGGCCCAUGUGACCUGUGGUGUGGAUGAAACUGUGCAUGCUUCUGCCAGGACGGUUUGCUACCUGGACGAAACUGGCAAUAACUGGAAAGUAUUAACAGAUCUUCCACUAGAGGCCAGCACCUCCAUGGCUGGAGUGACUGUUUUAGACAACAACCUCUACAUCGUCGGAGGAGUUCAUGGAGUCCAUAGACAAGUCGUGGACUCUUGUUUCUGCUACAGUGUUGAAAACAACAGCUGGAGCAGGAUCGCCAGUCCCACACAGCUUCGUUACAAUCUCAGCCUUUUGGGUGCAGAGGGUCGUCUUUACGCCAUCGGAGGAGAAUAUGAGCGAACAGUGAUGUCAUCUGUGGAAACAUAUGAUGUAGAGACUGGGAGGUGGACAUUUGCUGCUCACUUACCUCGGCCAGUGGUGGGAGUGGCAUGCACAAAAGCCAUGAGAAGAAUAUUUGUAUGCUUAUGGAGGCCGAUGGAGACCACUGAGAUCUACGAGUAUGUGUCAGCGAAAGACCAGUGGCUGCUUGUGACCACGCUGAUCAGGCACCAGAGCUACGGCCACUGCAUUGUCGGCCACAGGGACAACUUAUACGUCAUGAGAAACGGGCCCUCUGAUGACUUCCUGAGAUGUCUCAUGGACUGUUACAAUAUAAGCUCGGGCCAGUGGUCAGCCCUACCGGGACACUUUGCCAACAGCAAAGGUUCACUGUUCACUGCUGUGGUUAGAGGUGACUCUGUGUUCACUCUCAACAGGAGCAUGACUUUGGAGUACACCAUCAAUGGUAAAAACUGGAAGCCACGGCGGCAGAUGAAAGGUUUUCCCAGAAGUGGAUCCAUGUGGACAUUUCUGCUGCAUCUGCCAGACUCGCUCAUGCUCCACCAGUAA